CACGGCGAAGAUAAGACAGAUCACCAUUGUGAUGAGCCUCAACAUCUUCAGCUGCUCCUUGGUGUACUGUGGAUUGAGCCUCAGUGGCAACGCAUACAGCUCUGACCCCUUCCUCUACGUCGUCAUUGGAGGUCUAAUGGAGGUACCUGGGUACACACUCAGUGCUCCCAUUAUCUCCCGCUGGGGCAGGAAGAAGCCUAUCAUAAUUGGCUGGUUCGUCAGCGGUGCUUCCAUUCUUUCUCUCGUCUUUAUACCCAAAGAUAUCUCGUGGCUGGUGAUGGUGCUGGCCAUGAUCGGCAAACUGGCCAUCAGUGGCGUCUUCAUGGUCGUUUUCGUCUAUGAGGCUGAACUCCUGCCGACGGAGGUGCGACUCCAGGGCGUCGCUGUCAUCUUCGUGGCCGGCCAGAUCGCCGCCACCUGUUCUCCCUACUUAGCCGACUUCCUGAGUCCACUGGUACCCUGGCUGCCCUCAGUCAUCUUCGGGGUCAGCUCCUUCGUCGCUGGCUUCUCCUUAUUCAACCUGCCGGAGACGCGGGUAUGGCGCUGCCGGACACCAUCAGUGACCUCGAGGAACUCUACAAACAGAACAAGUUUAGCGAGACGAAGAAAGAAGAGGAGUUGGAGAAGUUACAAACUUAGACACCUCAUCAUUCUUUACUCUCAUGUAAUGAUAGUUGUCUCUGCUUCUAUAGACAAUAUAUCAUGAGCUUCUCUGGACGAAGCUUGUUAUGUUCCUGUGAACACUAAUAUGUUUUUUUAUGAAUAAAAUUAAUAUAUUACUGUGAACACAACUAUUUUCUGUUUGGUCAAAUUUAUCAUUGUUCUGCUGUAUGAAGCUUUGUCUCCGCCUCUGGACAAAAUUAACUUAAUGUUUGUCAAUGAAACUUAAUCUCUUCUCCUGGACAAAAUUUGACAUGGCUCCUUUUGGACAAAACUUCCAUUUCUUACGGACGAAACUCAACCUGAUUCCUUUAGACAAGACUUAAUCUCGUCUGACAGACAAAACUGUGAACAUCAUGUAACUUAAUGAGACAUUAAGUCCUUUUAUACAGUACAAAAAAUAAAGUAUUCUCACCCAU